UGCUUGAGACUCAGAUUGCUUUGUGCAGAGGGAACUCUCUGUCUUUCUUUCGAUUCUUGAGUCUUGAUUCUUGAAUCUUGAGCUAUAGAUUAAGCCCAUUUCUCGAUAUUAACGGUUUUCUUCUUAUCUGUUGUUGUUUAUUUUCUUUCCAUGUCUACAUGUCUCCCUUUGAAAAAGCAAAGAGCAGAACCCAAAGACUCAAAACCUACUUUACUGUUUAUUCCAUCUUUUUUCAUGUCCCCCUCUGUUAUAUAUACGAGCCUGACAUUCCCUAUCUGUUCCAUUCAUUCCCUACUCAUCAUUCCAUUUGUAGCUUCUAGAUCAUUUGUCUUUAUUAAUUUCUUUCACUUUACUGCUCCCGUCUCAAUCAUCAUCAUCACCAUCAUCAUCUGCAGAUCAUCCUUCUCAUCUUCUCCAAUCAGACUUCUUCAUGGAGAGCGUUGAAUUGAAGGUUGAGAUGGUUGGUAUACAUGAGAAAAGACUCAGGAAAUCUCUGUCAAAAUUAAAAGGAAUAGAGAAAGUGGAAGUGGAUGCUAAUAGCCAGAAGGUGGUGGUUACAGGAUAUGCACAUAGGAAUAAAAUUCUUAAAGCCGUAAGAAGAGGUGGUCUGAAAGCUGAUUUCUGGUCUGCACAAAAUGAGCUUCUCAAUGCCUAUACCAGCAGUGCAACCUAUGGAAGCUUGAGAUUCAACAACUUCAAUUUCUUUUAAUACUGUUUUUUUUUUUUUUUUUUUUUA